AUGUUCUUCUCCACGUAUGUCCUGACGAAGCGGGGGCCGCUCGCGAAGAUUUGGCUUGCGGCGCACUGGGACCGUCGCCUGACGCGCAACGAGGUGCGUGUGGUGGACCUGCGUCAGUCGGUGGUGGAAAUUGUGCAGCCGGCGGUGCCCAUCGCCCUGCGCACCAGCGGCGAGCUCCUCGUCGGGGUAGUGCGCAUCUACGCGCUGAAGGUGAAGCACCUGCUGAAGGACGCCACGGACGCCACUCUCAUUCUGCGCGUCGCGCCGCUUCCGGCGAAGGCAGGAGCCACGCCCGCCGGCCUCGGCAAGCAUCACAAGCAGGAGCCGGAGGGAGCGCUGGCGAUGCUCGACGGCGUGCUGAUCAGCGGCAGCGGCGACAUUGAGGCGGUGACGUUUGACUGGAGCGGCGGCGCCGCGGCGGAGACGGUGGCGACGGGGAAGACCGACGCGGAGGCCCUCGAGGCCCGCUUUGACGACAUUGCCGACCUGCUGCAUGACGCAAGGCAGCCGCGGAGCACGCCGGGCGUCAGCGCCAGCAGCGGCCGCAACAAUGACGCCUCCGCGCUGCUGGCCUCCGCGUGGUACGCGGUGGAGCCCAGCUCGCAGGCGGUGGAAGAGGUGCACAGCACCCAGCAGGACUACGACGAGAUUGCCAGGCUGCGGGCCGACCUGGUCGCCUUCGGGGACCGCGUGAGCGGCAGCGGCAGCAGCAAGAGGUCAAGCAACCCGAGCAUUGAGAAGGCUCGUGGCAGCGGCGUGCUGGGGAUGACGCCCGCAACCGGGCUCGGCGGCGAGUUUGCCGGCUUUCCCGCGCCAGGGGAGGAGCUGGACAUUGGCGUGCCGCUCCCGGAGGAUCACGCGCUGCUGCCGGACUUUAUGAUGCCGCUGCCGGGGGGCGAGGAGGACCCCUUUGCGCUGCCAGACUUGGCGCCGCACGCGACGGCGCGGAAGACGCGCUCCGUCAACGUGUUUGACCUCGCUGCCACCACCGUGUCGGGAGAGGCGGUGCAGCGGUGGAUGGAUGACCGCAGCGACAUCGUCGACGCUGUGCCACGGCGGGGGCCGUACGACGCGCAGGAGGCGCGCGACCGCGCCACGCUUGCGCCGGAGUCCGGCAAACAUGAGGUGUGGGCGCUGGUGGGCGCGGCCCCGCUCUCCUGGCAGCCGAACCCGUCGCUCCGCGCGGCCUACACGACGCUGCUGGGCCCGUUUGUGGCGCAGGCCGAGGCCGACGCGGUGCCGCCGCUGCACCAACAACAAGCCCAGCAGCAGGACGAAAACAUUCCGGCAGGCGGAGCGGAGGAGGAGGAGGGAGGCGUCUUCGCCGCGGCGUUGAACGAGGAGGAGGCGAUGCAGAACACGGGCGCGGCAAUGCAGGCCCGCAGGCGCGGACGCGAGGAGAAGGACGCGAGUGACGCCGCCAGCGGCGCUGGAGGCCUCUCGGUGGUCGCCCUGGCGACGCUCAAGCGCAUCCGCGACGAGCUUGAGCUGCCGGGGCAGCAGGAACGGCCGUCAAAGCGGGCACGAAGGGAGGCCGCGCCUCGCGAGCAUUGCCUGCUGCAGAGCGUUUGCCGCGGCAUGCACCGCCGUGAGGCGGCCCGCGCCUUUGUCAGCGUCCUCGCCCUCGCCUCAAAGCAACUCGUCUCUGUGCGCCAGCCGGCGCUGGCGGGGGACGUCGAGUUGGGCCUCAUGCCAGCGGGGGAAAGCCUCCUCCGCGCGUCUUGA